GGGCUGUCGGGAAGGGCAGCCAGCCUACAUAAGCAGCCUGCGGGGCGUUCCCUCGCGCUCCGGUCGGCGAGCGGGUGCUGGUGGAGGUGUAUUCUGCUCGUUGAGACUACGCAUCCGUAACGAUGGCGGAGGGAGAUAACCGCAGCAGCAACCUGCUGGCAGUGGAGACGGCGGGUCUGGAAGAGCAGCUGCAAGGCUGGGGAGAAGUGAUGCUCAUGGCUGAUAAAGUCCUUCGGUGGGAAAGAGCCUGGUUUCCACCUGCCAUCAUGGGUGUUGUUUCCCUGCUCUUCCUGAUUAUCUAUUAUCUUGAUCCAUCUGUGCUGUCCGGUGUUUCCUGUUUUGUUAUGUUUUUGUGCCUGGCUGACUACCUUGUUCCCAUUCUAGCACCAAGGAUUUUUGGCUCUAAUAAAUGGACUACUGAACAACAGCAAAGAUUUCAUGAAAUCUGCAGUAAUCUAGUAAAAACUCGACGCAGGGCUGUGGGCUGGUGGAAACGCCUCUUUUCUCUAAAGGAAGAGAAGCCUAAAAUGUACUUCAUGACCAUGAUCGUUUCUCUUGCUGCGGUUGCUUGGGUGGGACAGCAAGUUCACAACCUGCUUCUCACCUACCUGAUUGUGACUUUUGCGCUGUUGCUUCCUGGACUAAACCAACACGGGAUCAUUUUGAAGUACAUUGGAAUGGCCAAAAGAGAGAUAAACAAACUUCUCAAGCAAAAAGAAAAGAAAAAUGAUUAAUGCAACUUGAGUGGAGUGUGCCCUGCCCCUGGGAACAGUUGCACAGUGCUGUCUGGAUACUAAAAUGUUACAGUGGCUCUUUCUUCCCUCACUCUGCCCUUGUUAAUAGAGAUUCACACAGGCUAGGCUUUGUGCCCUGUCUACUGCCAGGUGUAGCUGGGUAUAUUCCCGUCAGUAUAACUUGUUUUAUUGAACUUUUAUUCUUAUCAACUUCCUUUAAAAUACUAAAGUGGUGAACUUUGCUCUUUUGUACAGUGAACUGUGACUUUGGGUAGUUGUUGAUAUUGGCUUUAGCUAUAUUCAAGGUAGUGGUCUGUGGCUACAGGAAGCUGGUUCUACUGUCUGCUUCCACAGUCUGCUUAACAAAUCGUCUAUCUCUGUGAGUACAGAGACCAGGUUUACCACUUUGAGACCACUUAAGAUUCAUUCCUGAUUUCCCACUGUGGGAGAAUGCCCAUGGGAUAGUAUAAAAAUCCACACCCUAGUUAGUGUGUGAGUUCCUCUCUUGUAUGGAAUAUAGCAGCUUUAGGAAGCAUUGCUCCUUUGUUCUCAUGAGGAAUCUGUCAGUUUAGACUGACCUCUCAUUCCCUUUGCACUGCUUCAAGUUGUCCUUUAAACAGCUUUUGAACAACAAACUUCCAGAAGAUUGUACUUGGAAAUUUUAGCACUCUCUUUGUUCCAGAUUUUCAGCUGACUUAAAAUGUCUGGGACUUUACUCCUAGGCCAGCCAGGCAUAUAAAUGUCCUCUUUGUUCUCUCUGAAAACUAGAACAUCUAUUAAUUUUUAAGAGCAGGUGGGGGAGGGACCCUUUAAAAGUAAGCCCGGAAAUUCUCAUAUAUUCCCUCCCCCACUCCCCCACCCCACCUCCGCCCAGUAAUGCUGGCUCUAUUUCAGUGGCGCUCUGGGUUUACACGUGGGAGCAGUGUCUACACUGGUGUUUGACUUUCCCUCUGCAGGGUUGUAGCUGAGAGCAGACUGCUGAUGGGUGACUGUUCUGUGUAGCGUCUGUAACUCCUUAAGUUUACUGUGAUCACAUGCCCUUUCAGUGGGUAGACUUUUAGAGCAGUUGAAGUCUGCAGGACUCAACCUCUGAGGGCCAAAAUAGGACACAUUGGGAACAACUCUUUAGCCCAUGGACUGGCUGUAACAGAGUUUGUGGAUCCGUUGCACUGAUGCUGUGAAGCUGCACCUUGUGCAUCUGUCUGCCUCUGUUUUGUCACCUCCCCUGCACUGUAAACAGUGGCACCUGUUGUAGCAUGUGUGUGGUUUUGUUUCGUGACAUCCACCUUCAUUUUACAUGUUUUCUUGUAAAUAAGCCUGUCUUCCUACCUGGAGUUUUGUGUGUGUGUAUGUGUGAAUAAUACAUGUUCUACCAAUUAACUACUUUGGCAGUUUUAAUCAUUUCUUCUACUUUGUUUUGUGUAAAAGGGGAAAUAAAAUAAAAAAAAAAGCUGGAA